CACAAUUGUCGCGAGUUUCUCAAAUACGAAAGAGCUCAUUUAUCGCUGAACAGUUAUUGCAGUAGGUACCUUAUACCUACGACUCGCGUUCCUUUACGCCUUUGGCUAAAACAGAUUGAAGGGAAAGUUGUGUUCUCAGUGACAUAUAAUCAUUAAAUUAUACCGCACGAGACUCAAGGAUAUGAUUCGUGGGGCGGAAAGGCUGCAUACAGCCCUUGUUUCUCUGAUCCUGUUAGCCGUCUGUACCACAAGUACCUUCGCUGUGAUGCGCUGCGAGGAUGCCAGGCUCCGGUGUGCCUACAGAGCCGGGUGCGGGAUGGCCCUCCAGCAAUACGUGACCAGAUGUUCCUCCGUCUUGGGAGGCGUCGGCGGUGGCUGCCCCGAGACAUGUCUUCACGCCCUGAUCGCCCUGACCAGUACCGACGAGGGCAAGGAGUUGAUGACCUGCAACUGUGCCCGGGAUGAUCGUCUCUGCGAACAGUCUAAGCAGAGGGUUGAAGUGUGUAGACCAUCCGUGAUGAUAGAGAUGAACAACACUAGGGUAUCCUGCAGGAUCGCUACCUCGAUAUGCAAUGCCGAUACUCUAUGUGCGAAGGCUCUGGAGUACUACAAUGGCUUCUGCGGGAGCAUGUUUCACGGGAAAAAAUGCACUCACAGGUGUCGUAAUUCGAUCAACAUCCUGAGGCGCCAGGAGAAGGCCGCAAAGCUAAAUACGUGUAUUUGCGACGGGGCUGAAGACUACGACUGUAGAGGUAUUCAUCGGAAUAUGAACUGGCUAUGCUUCGGAAAAAUUCACCGUGAUUAUCACGAUACAAAGAAAAUUUUGGGUGAUACACGAUCCAACGAGAUACUCAGGACUGACGCCAACAGUCGCGGCGCCGGCGUCGCGACAUCCGUCGGCCGAACAACGACGGCCCUGGUGCCAAUCUUCCUGCUCGCUCUGCUCGUCAGAUAAUGAGACGACCAAGGAGAAGGAAGCGCAACGAGUUCUCAAACAGUAUUCCGUGAGUGAAGACCAAAGACUCAAAAGAUUACCAGUUAUUUAGUGCGUUUAGCAAGUCGGCGGCGAGAGAACCAAUUUAAACCUUACCGCCACGUGUUAGACGACAAAUAGUAUACGAUAAAGCUACCAAUUGAUUACGAUUACACGCGCAAAAGGGUAGGAAGAAAAGUAAAUAAAAAUUUUUUUUAUCGUCUACAGAAGGAGAAAAGAAAGAGAAAUUCUUGAGCGAGGUCGACGUAAGGUUCAUACUUUGUAACUGCGUCAGAAUUUUUCUAUCAUAUAUGUAUACUG